CGGCACCCUGCAUAACCUCUGAUAACCUCUUUGGCUUACCUCCGUUUGAGAAAGCAGUGCAGUGUGCUAUAUAAACUUGCGAGAAGGUCAAGGCGCUAUAAUUCAACCGACCGGUGGAGUAAAAGGAAAAAAACCUCCGUUUGAGAGCAGGUGCCACACGAAAGUGACGAGAGAAGCAGAAAGAAGAAAGUGAGGAUUCUGUCGUUCGAACGGCCCGUUGACGAAAUUAGAUCUUAUGGGAGCUGAAGGAAUGUCAAGAUGAGUAAAUAUUAUAGGCAUCGUUUAAUACCGAAACAUCAGGAUUCCGAGCAUUUACUAUUCUCAGUCUUCACAGCAAAUGAUAUAAGGAAUUUAAGUGUAACGAAAAUCAGAACACCAUUAUCUUUUAACAUUCUUGGACAUCCACUGAAGGGUGGAUUGUACGACCCAUCCUUAGGUACAACAAAAAGUAGUUCAGAGCUAUGCAGCACAUGUGGACACAGUGGUUUCAAAUGCCCAGGUCAUUUUGGCCAUAUAGAAUUACCAGUGCCUAUUGUCAAUCCAUUGUUCCACAAAGCACUGUCCGUGUUACUCAAACUGUCAUGUACAAGUUGCUUCACGUUACAAAUACCUUCGUACCUCAAACUACUGCUGUCUGCAAAAUUACAGUUACUUUAUCAAGGACAGCUCAGCGACCUCGAUGACUUGGAUCAAGAGGUGAUGUCCGCAAUAUCGAGUCUUAAGAAGGAGGACGAACGAACGGAGUGCGCUCGUGUUUUAAUUGACACUUAUAUACAAAAUUUCCUGAAUAGAAAUAGAAACGGUGAAUUUAUGACUCAGAAUCACGAGGAUCAGGCUAAUACAAAGAACAUCAUUAUGCAAUGGCAUAUGCAUGUUGAGAACAUACUUAAGCAAUACGUGAGAAACAACAAAGCUGGAAUAUGCCUGAAUUGUCACGAUAGCCUUCCAAAAAUCUCAACCCUGCAAAAUAAAAUAAUGGUGACCAACAAGGAGGUUACACCUUCUAAAGCAGUGGUCGCGCGCAAGGUGGUACAUAGAUUGGACGCGAUGAUGAUUAUGCCGGAUCAGUCCAAGGAAUAUCUACGAAAACUGUGGAGCAACGAGAAGGAUUUUCUCAAGAUAAUUGUACCCUGCCUGGAGCUGGUGGACAUCGAGUAUCCCACUGAUAUAUUUUUCUUCGAGGUGAUACCCGUCCUACCGCCGAUCGUGCGACCGGUGAACUUUCUCAACGGUCAAAUGGUCGAGCAUCCGCAAACGCACAUCUACAAGAGUAUCAUACAGGACUGUUUGGUCCUGAGAAACAUUAUACAAACCAUUCAGGACGGCGGCACCGAGCACCUGCCGCAGGAAGGUCGUCUUGUCUUCGAGCAGAUAAAGGGCACCACGGCGGUCGAGAAGUUGCACAACGCCUGGCAGACGUUGCAGAGCAAUGUGAAUCACCUGAUGGAUCGCGACAUGAACAAGACUCCGGAAUCCCUCAACGGCCAGGGCCUGAAGCAGGUUCUCGAGAAGAAGGAGGGCAUCAUUAGGAUGCACAUGAUGGGCAAGAGGGUGAACUUCGCCGCGCGCUCGGUUAUCACUCCGGAUCCCGACUUGAAUAUAGACGAGAUCGGCAUACCCGAGGCUUUCGCCCGCAAAUUAACGUAUCCCACGGCCGUGACGCCGUGGAACGUCGUCGAAUUGCGACGAUUAGUCACCAACGGGCCGGUUUAUCCCGGCGCGGUCAUGGUCGAGAACGAGGACGGCUCGGUGCAGGCCAUCGACGGCAAGGACUUGACGCAGAGGGAAGCUAUCGCGAAGCGUCUCUUGGUGACGAGCGACCGGAUCAACGAGUCCUUCGUCGGCGUGAAAAUAGUGCACCGGCAUCUCCAGAACGGCGACGUGCUGCUGAUCAACCGACAACCGACGUUGCACAAGCCGAGUAUAAUGGCGCACAAAGCGCGUGUCCUGAGAGGUGAGAAAACGCUGCAUCUUCAUUAUGCGAAUUGCAAGGCGUACAACGCGGACUUCGACGGCGACGAGCUCAACGCUCAUUUCCCGCAGAACGAACUGGCCAGAAGCGAGAGCUACAACAUAGCCAAUGUGUCGAAUCAGUAUCUCGUGCCGAAAGACGGGACCCCGUUGAGCGGCCUUAUACAGGAUUACAUGGUGUCCGGAGUGCGGCUGACGACCAGAGGUAGAUUCUUCUCGAGGGUGCACUACACGCAGCUGGUUUACACCGCGUUGCCGACGACGCAGAAGAACAUCAUUCUCCUACCGCCAACGAUUGUCAAGCCGAAAAUGCUGUGGUCGGGCAAACAGAUCCUCUCGACGGUCAUCAUCAAUAUCAUUCCCUCGCACAAGGCGCGCAUCAAUUUGACCUCCAGCACGAAAAUCAACGCGAAGGAGUGGCAAGCGGAGGCGCCACGGCGCUGGAAAUGCGGAACGGAAUUUAAAGACCCGACAACCAUGUCGGAGGCCGAGGUCGUGAUUCGACACGGGGAAUUGUUGUGCGGCGUGCUCGACAAGAUGCAUUACGGCGCGACUCCUUACGGUCUUAUUCAUUGUAUUUACGAAUUGUACGGGGCGAUAUGCGCGAGCGACGUGCUGAGCGCGUUCGGCCGGCUGUUCCAGAUGUUUCUGCAGCGCGACGGCUUCACCCUCGGAGUCGAGGACAUUCUGAUAACUCGGAAGAUCGACGAGAAGCGUAGAGAGAUCAUUUCCAGCUGCAGAAAAGUCGGCGAGGCAGUGCAGAGAUCCGUGGCGAAAGCACCCGACGGCGCGUCGAUGGACGAGGUUCGAGCCAAGAUGGAGGAAUCCUAUUGGAACAACGCGAAAUUUCGCGCGCAAGUCGAUCACAAGUACAAGAGCACCCUGGACGUUUACACGAAUGACAUUAACAAGGUUUGCCUGCUAGCGGGACUCUUCAAGAAAUUCCCAGACAACAAUCUGCAGCUCAUGGUGCAAUCCGGUGCGAAGGGAUCCACAGUCAAUACCAUGCAGAUAUCGUGUCUGCUCGGUCAGAGCGAGUUGGAGGGCAAGAGGCCGCCGUUGAUGAUCAGCGGGAAGAGCUUGUCGAGCUUCCCGGCAUACGAUCCGACACCUCGAGCCGGCGGUUUCAUCGACGGUAGAUUUAUGACGGGCAUCAAACCGCAGGAAUGCUUCUUCCACUGCAUGGCGGGGCGCGAGGGUCUCAUCGACACCGCCGUGAAAACCAGUAGGUCCGGUUACUUGCAGAGAUGUUUGGUGAAACACCUGGAAGGCUUGAUCGUCGGUUACGACGCGACCGUUAGGGACUACGACGGUAGCUUGAUACAGUUUCAUUACGGCGAGGACGGCCUCGAUAUACCGGGUUCGCGUUUCCUGAGGAAAGACCAGAUUGGAUUUUUGAUCGACAAUAAGGAAUCUAUCAUAGACGAGGAGUUAUUGAAAUGCCUGAAGGGGGAUAACGAGGAGAUUACGAAGAUGAUGAAGAAGAUCAAGAAGUGGAAGAGCAAAAAUGGCUCCUCGUUGCAAAAGAGGAGGAUCAGUGAGUUCGGUAGAUUCUCCAUGGAGAAUUCCGAUCGGAGUAACGCAAGUGCGAAACGAAACGCCAUCGACGGCAAUUGCGGAAGAAGCAAAACCGCGCUGUCGCUCAUGAGGAAGUGGAUAAGAGCGAAGAGGGAGGUGAAGGAGUCAUUUCGCGCGCAAUGUGCCAAAUGUCCCGAUCCGAUAAUGUCAAGAUACCGGCAGGACGUUGAAUUCAGUGUACUGUCCGAACGGAUAGAAAGCCUAAUGGACGAAUACCUCUCCCGUCCGUCCGUCAGAAUCAAAAAGUCCGCCCUGAGAGAUCUGCUGUCUAUAAAGAUUAUGAAGACAAUUUGUCCGCCUGGCGAGCCGGUUGGUUUAUUGGCGGCGCAAUCCAUAGGCGAGCCGUCCACUCAGAUGACGUUGAACACCUUCCAUUUUGCGGGACGUGGAGAGAUGAACGUGACCUUGGGUAUUCCGAGACUGCGUGAAAUCCUGAUGAUGGCGUCGAGAAACAUAAAGACACCGAGUAUGGAAAUACCGUUCCAAAGCGACUUGCAAGAUCUCGACAAGCAGGCGAAGAAGCUGAGAUUGAGAUUGACAAAGUGCGUCCUGCACGACGUGUUGAGGGAUGUUACGAUGAGCAGGAGAAUGGAGGACGGCCCGCAUAGAAAAUUGGUCCACACCUUGACAGUCAAAUAUCUUCCUCACAAGUACUACAAGGGAGAAUUCUCCGUUCAUCCACGGGACGUGAUUAAGUGUACCGAGGAAAUUUUCUUCAAGAAUAUAUUCAGAGAAAUUAAAAAAUCUGCCAAAGUGUCGAAAAUUUUGUUGCACUUCGAGGGAGAAAAGAGACGAGUGACGACCGACGAGGACGCGGCGAUAGAUCAAAUAGAUCCUGACGAGGUGGCGCCGGAGAAACCUGGGAAUAGAACACGGAUGGAUUUAGGAGAGAUGCACGAGUCGUCCGAUGAGGAACAAGCCGCGGAAGAUGCUGAUGCGACGAUGGCUAAAUCGUUGUCGCGUCAUCGAGAGAAUCAGGAGUACGAAGAUCCCGAAGAAGAGGAGAUUGAGGAUACGUUAAACGACAAGGAGGAAGAAUCGGACGAUGAUAAUAAUAUUAAUGCGAGUAGAACUUUUGAGAAUGAAGAGGACGAUGAUAAUGACGAUAACACGAAGUUGAAUAAAAGAAAAAACACCAGCAGGAAGGAUUGUGUCGUAAAUAUGUAUAAACACGCUAUGGAUUAUGAUUAUGACGAGAAUAAACUGUCGUGGUGCAAAUUCACCUUUUGGUUACCACUUACGGCAAUUACAUUGGAUUUGCCAACAGUAAUCAAGAAUGCUGCAAGUAAAACUGUCUUGUGGGAAACACCAUGUAUCAAGAAAGCUUUUACAUUUCAAAAUAGUAAAGGCGAAACAAUCCUCAAAACAGAUGGUUUAAACAUAGCGGAUAUGUUUAAGUAUGACAAUAUACUUGAUUUAAACAGAUUAUAUUCCAAUGACAUUUAUAAUAUUUCUCAAACAUAUGGAAUUGAAGCUGCAAAUAGAGUCAUCGUAAGAGAAGUUAAGGACGUCUUCAAGAUGUAUGGCAUAACCGUCGACUCGAGACAUCUGUCCUUAAUCGCAGACUAUAUGACAUUCGAUGGUACAUUUAAACCACUCAGUCGAAAAGGAAUGGAGAGUUCUGCUUCACCAUUGCAGCAAAUAAGUUUCGAAAGCUCGCUGGGUUUUUUGAAAACAGCGACAUUGCAAGGUGAGUUACAUUAG